AUGUCUAAAGUAUUCAUUCCAAUUGCCAAUGUGGGAAGAGCUCACGAAGCUGACAUAUACUCAGUUACCAUCACAAAUCCUUAUUCGAUUUCUUGCAGUGGUGAUGGAUAUUUAAAAUUAUGGCCUAACAAAACUUUAAUUCAAGAACAAAGUACUUUAAAGGAUAAUGUCAUUUCAACAUUUGUUCAUCAAACAGGUCUUCAUCAUGCCGAUGCUAUUUAUUCAGUAGAACCUCACGACGUUGGUACAGUGUUGAUUAUUGCAACUGUAUCUUUUUCAGGUAAUAUACAUUUUUAUCAAUUCUUGGAAGAAACUGAAGAAUUGAAAGAAUUAGAUCUAAUCGAUGAGGAUUUAAAGAAAAAAUCCUUUUGGAGUUGUACAUGGGUGAAGAGUAAUGACCAAGUUGUAAACCAUAGAUUUAUUGCCACAGAUAUUAAGGGUAAUACGUAUGUAUGGAGAUUUAUGUCAACCGAUAAGAUUGUCCGAGAGGAUGAAGAGAAAGCAGAAUAUAAGAAGAAUUUGCAUUUUGAAUUUCAAGGUGAAAUUCCUUCUAAUGAGCCUGUCUUUGCCACUUGUGUUGCUGCAUCUUCUAGUAAAGGGCUUAUUGCUACUGGGUUUGCAAAUGGUUCUGUUAUCGUGUCACAAUUAAGUACCCUAAGGCCAUUAUAUACAUUUGAAGGUCUUGGUCGUGAAGGUGUAGACCAAAAUAGUAAUUCCGUUCGUAGUGUGGCAUUUUCACCUGCAGGUAAUUUACUUUCUGUAGCAAAUGAUUCAGGAUCAUAUGGUUGUGUCACCCUCUAUGAAACAGAAUUCGGUGAAAGAAUUGGUAAUUUAUCAGUUCCAACCCAUUCAGGACAAACAAAUAUUGGAUUAUUUGCUCAUAACGGUUGGAUAUUCAAUCAAGCAUUCAACCCAAGUGGUGAGUUCAUAGCUACAUGUGGCUAUGAUGGCAAAGUUAGAGUAUGGGAUGUUAAAUCAAAGGAACGAGUAUCGACUUUAAAUAUUUCCGCCUCCGAUAUUGAAAUUGAGGAAGAUAUAAUGCUUGCGGAUGAAAAUGGAGAUUCGUUAAAGGUACCACCAGUGUUCGAUGUUCAAUAUAUUGCACAAGGCACACUAAAUGGUGUCGGUAACGAAACAAAUGAAGGUUUAUGUUGCGUAUGCAUGGAUAGAAGUGUCAGAUGGUUUAGGGAAGCCGGUGGUAAAUAA